ACAUAAUUACCUAAUACUUAAUUUCUUGUUAGAAAAGUACAUUGGCCAAGAGUUUACUUUUACUUUUCACCUACUGUUUAUAGGGAAGUGGAAAAGCUUCCUACAACUUGUAUUUCUGCCUUGAUAUCUACUAAAUUACUAAAUUGGCUGGUUUGUACUGUAACUUUUUUUUGGGGUUUCAGAAAGAAGUAUCCCGUUUGCGUGGUCUAGUUGGUGGAGGAGAAAUUCAGGAUAAUGACAUUUCAGUUGUCAGCUUCCCAGGUUCUCCUGGAUCCUUCAAGUGGGAAGGUGUGCAAGGAUCAUUCAGUCCAUUAACCUCUGUUAAAAGGAUAUCUCAGAAAAAAGACUAUGACAUUGCCCUUGUUGGGGCCUUUAGAAGGGAAAAGGACAAAGAGAUGGAAUUACAGGCACUAAGAGAUGAAAUUCAAGCGUCCAUGAAGCUGGUGAGACAAAGAGAAGAUGAGAUACAAAGUUUGAAGAUGAGACUACGUUUUCGAGAAGCUGGAAUAAAAAGAUUAGAAACAGUUGCUUCUGAGAAGAUCUCAGCCGAGACACACUUGCUAAAAGAAAAAGAGGAGCACUUGAAGGAAAUUGAGGUCUUGCGGGCCCAGGUGGAUCGGAAUAAUGAAGCAACUAGAUUUGCUAUGGAAAAUUUGCAGCUAAAAGAAGAAAUUAGAAGGUUAAAGUCAUUUUGUAUGGAAGGUGAACGAGAACAGAUGAGUGAACAAAUCAUGGUAUUGGAAAACAAGUUGUUGGAAGCACUAGAUUGGAAAUUUAUGCAUGAAACAGAUCUGAAAAAAAAUUCUGAUUUGAUGAUCGAAGAUGUACAUAAUGAUGGUAAUCUCAUCUCCAAACAGAAAGAAGUAUCCCGUUUGCGUGGUCUAGUUGGUGGAGGAGAAAUUCAGGAUAAUGACAUUUCAGUUGUCAGCUUCCCAGGUUCUCCUGGAUCCUUCAAGUGGGAAGGUGUGCAAGGAUCAUUCAGUCCAUUAACCUCUGUUAAAAGGAUAUCUCAGAAAAAAGACUAUGACAUUGCCCUUGUUGGGGCCUUUAGAAGGGAAAAGGACAAAGAGAUGGAAUUACAGGCACUAAGAGAUGAAAUUCAAGCGUCCAUGAAGCUGGUAUCUUUGAAAAGCCAUAUAUUUCUUAUUGUUUUGUUAUCAGUUUUGAAUGAUUGA